CUUUCCUUCUUCCUCUUCUCUACUUUCUCUUUUCUUCUUCCUUCCCUCUUUUUCACUCUCACUCCUCCUUCCUUCCAUUACAUAAAUCCCAUCAACUCACCUCUCUGGUUCCACUAAUUAAUGGUUGUGGUGGUUAGAUUAGGUGGUGAUGGUGGUUGAGUUGGGUAUGUGGUGGCUGGUUUCUCUCAUCUCUCCCUCUGCAACUCUCUCUCACUCUCUUUUUUCCCUUUCCCUUCUUCUUCCUCUUUCUGAUUCUUUCUCUUCUUCUUCUUCCCCUUUUUUUUUCUUUUCUUCUUCCUCUUUGUCUUUUUCUCUUAGUUGCAGAUUUGUGUGAUUAUGAGUUUUUUUUUUCUUGAAAUUUUGGGGCUGAUUAUGGUUGGAAGGAGGAGAUUUGAUUGUUUUCGAUAUAAUUUGAUUGGAUUGUUUGCUCAAGUGACGGAGGAGAGUUGGCUUUGAUUUAGAGAGAUCGAAAACAAAAACGCCGAAAACGAAAACGACUUUCUGACGUUUUUAACAUUUAUUCAUACUUUCAUUUUCAUUCUCAGAAAACAAUUUUAGCUUAUUUCUCAAAAUAACUCACCGAAUAUGUUUUACGUGAAAAUAGAAAACAAAAACAGAAAAUGGCCCUUGAAAAUGAUACUGAACGGGCCCUAACAUGUUUUGGGGAUUAAUUGAAAUAUAUAUAGAUUUAUUUUGUUGAUGGAGAAAUGAAAAAAAAAACAAAACAAAACCUAGCGACCCAUAAAUGGCCCAAACAGAAAGCCCAUUUCCAAAGUUUACUGAACUGAGAAAGGAAAUGGAGACAAAUUCCUCGCUCCUCCUCUUCCUCCUUCUUUCUUAGCUCACUCACACUUCCAGUCCACCACCAACCCACCAAAACGACACCACACCAACCCAAAACGACAAUGCAAGCACAGCCAACCCCCAACAUCCCAGUUAGCGAGUUCUACUGGACUCUCCUCCACAAAGCCGACAAAAAAUUCUCCAAAAUUCGAGAGCUCCCUUAUUACCAUCGCAACAGGCACGAGUACGAUGCUUACUUCUACAAGGUCUUCAAGGUGUACACGCAGCUAUGGAAGUUCCAGCAAGAAAAUCGCCAAAAGCUCGUGGAGGCCGGUCUUCGUCGAUCGGAGAUCGGCGAGAUCGCGUCGCGAAUCGCUCAGCUGUACUUGGGCCAGUACAUGCGGACCAGCGAGGCCAGCUACCUCUCCGAGGCUUACAUAUUCUACGAGGCGAUUUUGAGCAGAGAAUACUUUAAGGAGGGCAUGUUUCAGGACCUGGGCUUGGCCAGCAAGCAGCUCAGGUUCAUUUCUAGGUUUCUCAUGGUCUGCUUGCUUUUGAAUCGGCGGGAGAUGGUGCAGCAGCUGCUUAAUCAGCUCAGAGUCUUGGUUGAUGAGUGCAAGAGGACCUUCCAGGAAACUGAUUUUAAAGAAUGGAAGCUGGUGAUUCAGGAAAUAGUUAGAUUUUUGAAAGCUGACACAGCUUUUAUGAAUAUCAGGCCUUUGAGGUAUAGUCUUGUCCUAGACUGUCAUCCAGAUUCCUUACCACAUGUUUCCGCAUCAGUUGCAAAGAGGUCUCUGAGACUACGUGAUGCGAUACUGAGCAGCUACCAUCAUAAUGAGGUAAAGUUUUCAGAGCUCACUCUUGACACUUUUAGGAUGCUUCAGUGUCUGGAGUGGGAACCUAGUGGUUCAUUUUACCAGUCAAGUGGUGCUAAAAAUGGUCAGAAUGGGGCACCAGCUUCCAGCCGCAUUAACUACUCCCAGGAUAUUGCUGAUCCUACCCUGCCACCAAACCCACGAAAAGCUGUCUUGUAUCGUCCUUCUGUUACCCAUUUUCUAGCAGUUUUGGCCACAGUUUGUGAGGAGCUUCCCCCUGAUGGAGUUAUCUUGAUCUAUCUGUCAGCAUCAGGUGCUGGAAUGUACUCAGAUGCGACCUCCCCUUCUACGUUGGCUUAUCCAUCUGAUAGACUAAACCCUUCUCGCGGACAAAGUAAAGGAGAUGGCUCAAGCUUUCAAGCGGGUUGUUUACAGUUUGGUACCCAUGGAAAUGGAGGAAUGAAUAGCAUUUAUCCUAGUGACUUGGUUCCAUUUACAAGAAGACCACUUUUUCUAGUCAUUGACUCUGACAACAGUGAAGCUUUUGAGGCCAUAAAUGGAGUACAAAAAGGUGAAACACCUGCAAUGCUCCUAUCUUCUAGUUCUUCAUAUCCAUUUGCUUCUAUUGGUUCCUCUCGUCAGUCAAGUGGAAGCCUGUUCACUAUUUUCCUCACAGCUCCUUUGCAGGCUUUCUGUUUAUUGAUCGGUAUUUCAGGAUCUGACAUUGACAUGGAUACAUAUAACAAGGCCGAGAAGCUUCUUUCCAGUUCAUUUAGUGACUGGGGGUCUACUUUGGUGACAUCAGACACUAUUGAUCCUGUUUGGGCACAGAUUUUGAGUGACCCAUUCCUAAGGCGACUCCUUUUGCGGUUCCUAUUUUGUCGGGCAGCGCUAUCACUCUAUGCUCCAACUUUCAAUAAGAAGGAAUUUAUUCCCAAAUGUAUACCGUGUCUUCCAGCGUCUGUCCUGCCAACGACAGCAGCAUGUCAAACUGUAAUUUUGCAGAUAGUGAACGUCUUUGGAGCCACAGGCAAGUUCGUCUUUUCAGAAGGACUUGAACUCCCAGAAAAUAGACAGGGUGACUCGGAAUCAAUGUCAUCUUGAUGAAUCAUAUGGGGCAAAGGACAUUAGAGAUAGACAAAUGAUUUGUGAGUUCCCCGUUGGUGUUUCAGAUUCUUGGUGUUUGUAUAGGAAAUUUCUAAGCCUUCAAGAACGUCCAAGAUGAUGCAAAACCUUUGUAAGAGACAAGUUGGACUUUGGACUUAUUAUUUUCUUUUUUAUUAAAUGGAAAGAAAAACAAAAAUUGAUGUCUGUAUAAUAGAAGAGAGCUCUUCUCCUGACAAUCCGCCCGAGUGACCCGUCCUAAUUGAAUCAGGUUGGCCUGGAUUUCAGUUUUCCCUCGAGUCAAGUUGAGUCAUAAGCCUUGCUGCCCAACAUCUCAUUUAGGUGCAACGUUAUUUUGUAAACUAUUCUGGAUGAUUUAUACUCAUUGCACUCGAAUUUUCUUUAUUGCAAA